UUCAAUUUAUAAAACAUAAAGAAAGUGGUUGUUGUUAUGACAAGUGAGUGUAAACAUUUUGCAUCGCUUUGAAUCUUCCGAGAAGAUUUCGUUUUGCGUGCUUAUAGCCAAAGGACAGGUGAUCAAUUAUUUUAAGCUAUCUUUUCUUUACAUAAAGACAGUUUCAACAGUUAGUUAAUUGAUUCCUUGUAAGGUGGAUUUGCGUAUUGUUUCUCUGGUCAAAGAGUAUAAAAGGUGAAAUAAAAAUGUAAAGACCAGUUGAAUUUUGAUUUCCAAUCUUGGUGAAGGAAAAUAAGAAAAGAAAGGAUGUCGUUUUCUAACAAUUCUCUUUUAAUGGAGAAGAAUGGGACUGGGACUUUGAUCACAAGUUCCAACAUCAAUGCAACUGUUUCGUGUCAGAUGACACAAUAUGGCGAGAAUGAGAAAAUCAUAAUGCGAGUUUACUUGGUUGUUGUAUUUGUAUUUGCAGCCCUCGGGAAUGCCGUCAAUUGCUGCAUUUUAGGAAAAAAGAAGUUUCAACGUGGUGGCGAUGUCUUUGUGCUGUCUCUGGCUCUGUCCGACCUGAUUUACACAAUAAGCUUCCCGUUUAUUUUCUUUUUACGAAUGUCUGGUGUACAAAACCAUCACACAGUUUACACGGCAUCAAAGAUCUUCAUUUAUGGCAGCAUGGUAGUCACAACAUACACACACGCUGUUAUUUCCUGUGAUCGAUUCUGGGCCAUUGCGAAGCCUUUUCAAGCAAGAAGAAUUACAAAGACAAAGAAACUUCUUGCCUGUUCCUUGGUUUGGCUGUUUGGGUUUCUCUUUUCACCACUGUUUUUACUUCAGACAGCAGCCCUGACAACCCGUUCCCAAAUCGUUCAGCUGGUGAGGUGCUGCAUAGGGUGGGUCAUGCCAUUGGUUAUCAUGUGUGUCUUCUACAUCAGAUGUGCCAUUGCGCUCUCAGCACGAAACGUACCAUCAAACUCGGGAGCCAACAAAAGAUUCAAGGAUGCAAGGAAGAUCACAAAGAUGUUUUUUGUUAUCGUCCUGCUGUAUUGUAUUCUUACGAUGCCCAUCGUUAUAAGUCUGUUGGUCAGAGCAGUUGAUUUCUUGGUGUCCGAUUUUAAAGGAAUACGCUGUGGAGAUUAUUCUCUUUUGAUGCGUGUGCUAACACAUCUAAGUGUCUUCAACGGAUGUGUGAAUCCAAUAAUCUACGCAAGAAAUCAUCCAGACAUAAGGAGGUUUUUCAAAGGCGUUUUUGAAGCUUGCUUCUGUCAACACCAAUCUAAUAGCUUGUCAUUUCAUAAAGGUGCAGAGAUCAGAAGUUCUUCUUCAAAAGAGUCAAAAAUACAAGACGAUUAAUCAAUACCUGUGAUAUGUAAUCACACUCGGUUUCUUUUGCUUUCAUAUUUAUCAAUUCUUUUUUAACCUUUUUACGUUGCACCGUCAGCUGACUGUUUUUCUUGUGAUGAAUUUAUCAUCUAUAUAUUAACGAGACAAAAUUUACUGGCUGUGAUUAUAAGCUUGGAAUAAAACCAAUUUUUAGCUGACUAUUCUUUGAAGUAUAAGAUGACGCCAAAAAUAACCUAGCUUUCCUUAGCUGUCUUUAAUCUUACCGUAUUUUCAAUUAUCCAGUUUUUUCUGUAUUUGUAAGUAGCUGUUGCAACAAUUCCAAAAUUCCAUACCACAAAAACCAAACGUUUUAUUGCUCAUUUCUCUUCUUUGUAUUGGGUUUUCGUCCUCAUUUAAUAUCAGAAAACCAGUAAAUGGUUUGUACAUACCUCCAAAGUUUGUUAUUGAAAUCGGAAAUUACGUUGCAAGAAUUGAACAAAGUUUUUUUAUUAACUUCGUCAAUAUUUUUGUGAAAGGUUAAUCCAAUCCAUCUUCCUUUAAGAACUGUGAUUGAACUAGACACCUUAAACGACUGUAUCAGCGAUAUGUGAUUUCCUGUGUUAAUACACUAGUGCUGCUGCCUAAAUUCAGCACUCAUAUCUCACCUCUAUACCACCAUAAAAGGAGUUUAUUGAAUAAACAAGUAGCUAAAACUUUGUAAUUGAUGUAUUGGUAGCAAUAAUUAAGCCUGUAUGAUUGAUGUAUGGGUAGCAAAAUGGGGAAGCAUAAUGAAAUUUUAUUUAAGGUUUGGGAUCGGCAUUUUAGAAAUCAUUCAAAAACGAUAAUAAUACUUGCAGUUAUAUUUGAGCAACUGUAUAAUCUUAUAUGAUAACUGUCAUUAUAAUAUGAUACUAUAUGAUACAAUAUUGUAGACAAGUGUAUUACGGAGUAAUGAGCAUGUAUUUGCAAUGAAAAAAUGUUAGCUAUUUGGCUUUGCUUAGUUGCUGCGUAUAACUGCAAAAAAGUUUCCUUCCAGACA